UCAUGGUAAAUGAAGGAUAUCCUUAGACACUUCUAGAUCGUAACAACAAUUCCAAAUGGAUACUAUAAACACAAAUAGGAACUAACGGACGUUCAAAAUCACAAAUGGAAAACAGGUAAUUACAAUGAUAGAUCAUAAAACAAGCAAAUAAUAACCAAACAAUAGGAUUACUUUUGUGUAUUAUCAGUUCCGUAAAUAUUAACGGGGUUUGACAGCUUGAGGUGCUGAAAAGAGUGUACGUUGUGUGAUAUCAGUAUUUUAUUAAUAAGUUGAUGACACCGUUUAAAAUUUGUGCCUUAACAUAUAACCGAGAGGUAUACUUCAUAGUAUGGAAUACUCAAUUCGCAUCCAGUCAGUAGAUUACACAAAGGACAAUCUUAAACAGCGAUGUAGCGAAAUACGACCGUAGUUUUUCCCUGCAGUGCACCACGACUGACGGUGACUACACGUACACGUCACACAAAAUGGCCGUUUCUGGAGUGACCCUAAAUAACGGCAAAGAAGCAUGGCCUGGCAUGCAUAGUAUCUAUCAAAUAAAAAGGGACGAGAAACAACAUGAAGAGGAUAGGAUCCGCGACACAGAAAAAAAUAAAGCUGAACAAGCGCGACUGAGGAAGAUCGAGGAAUUAAAAAUCAAAACUGAACAAUGUUAUAUUGCAACUGCCAAUAGGCAACAAAUCGAGGAGAUGGAGAGUAGCGUACAGAGGAACAUGCAGGGCCCAGCCCUGAAAAAGGCAAUCUCUUAUAGGAUAACGUCCAUGCCAAACCCCGAUGAGGCACUCGGAACCAUAUACAAAGUCAAAACAACGUUCAAUAAACGAGUGGCACGAAUGAAAUCUCGCCGGACGAAGACUCCAGACAGCGAACGGUCUCACCAUGGCAGCGAAAGAGAACGUAGCAGUAGCUCUGUCACUGACCUCGUGGGCGACGACCUUGAGAGAGAUUAUGAUUUUGAUGCUGAUGACGAUCUUCGGCCGCAAAGUGAAUAUGCCAAAUACACCAAUCCUUGCCAGAUAAUAUACCACGGUACAUGUAAAGCAUUGAACAUUAUACCAGCCAAAUUUUUCAUCCGCCAUCUUGGACUGGGGACCCAAGAAAUCUCUAUGAAACAUCACAGUUUGGGGCCUAAUGGUGCAAAGGCCUGUGCAACAGCAUUAGUGAAUAAUACAACAGUCAACAAGUUAGACCUGGGGUGUGAUGAUCUCGGUCCAGAGGGGGCAUUCUACAUCGGUGAGAUGUUGAGAGACAAUGUCUACAUAACAGAUCUUAAUUUGGCAGACAACCAACUAGCCACUCCUGGUUUGAAGACAAUAGCCGAAGUAAUGAGUAAGAACACAUCUGUCAAGAAACUCAACCUAUCAGGAAACGAUUUUGUUGAAGAAGAUGGAGAAUUGGUUGCAGAAAUGAUGGAGGAAAAUAACUCUAUUAAGGAGCUUGUCCUGAGUCAUAAUGAAUUUCGCGAGCUGGGUGGACAGACUAUAGCCCCAGCAUUGGCCCAGAAUGGUGCAAUAGAAUUGUUAGAUUUGAGUUGGAACCAUUUGCGGAACAAAGGAGCAGUCGCCAUUGGAGACUCUCUAAAGUCAAACACAUGUCUGAAGACGUUAAACGUUGCUUGGAAUGGCUUCUAUCUGAAAGGAUGUCGCGCUUUAGCGAAAUCUCUGCCCGAGAACAACCAACUGAUUGAACUGAAUCUCAUAUGUAAUAGGAUCAACCAAGAAUGUCUUAUUGAACUGCUGCGUGGCUUGAAAAAUAAUGAAACACUCAAGGUGUUGAAGAUUGCACAAAAUCCUUUAUCUACACUAGGAGUGACAGCUAUGCUGCAAAUUAUGCAACAGAUGCCAAAUAUUGGCCUUUCGGAAAUAGAUAUAUCAGACCAAUGCGUAACGAAGGAGUUCAUCGAUUUGUUAGCGGAAGUGCGUAAAGACCGCACUCUGACGGUAAAGUACGGACGUGAGUACAGGAAAGAGGAAAUCCCAAAGGUGAGCGUGGACGACUUUAUCUCCAGCGACCCUGUCAUGGUGUUGAUGGAAUUCUGCAGACUCCGGGGUCUGAGACUUGUUGACAUGUUCACUUCCCUUGAUAAGGACCACAGCUGGACAUUAACUCGCAAAGAGUUAAAAGAUGGGUUAUUGGCAGCCAAUAUUCCGCUGACAUCACGGGCAAUGGACAAACUGAUAACUAAACUGGACGUGGACGGCGAUGGCGAAGUCGAUUUUGGGGAAUUGAUAGCGGGACAGAAGGAACAUAUCAAGAAAAUGCACAGACUGAGGAAAUUGUACGCCAAUAAGGAACCAGAAGAUAACAUUAUAAUGCAAAUGUCAGAGAAAUUACAGGCAUUGAUGCGAGGCGAUGGGAAAGCUCUGAAGGAACUGACGCCUGUUGAAAAACUUAUGAGCAGUAUUAAUAAAGACAAAUCUCCGUUUAAAUCCCCCGGUCGACCAACCUCGGCGAUGUCCAGGGAUAGUUUAACUCCAAGCCCGUCACCUUCAAGGAUCUCAUCGGCAACUUCCAGGGCAAAGUCAAUAAGCAGGGCGUCAUCAGCUAAAUCAACACGAUAGAGCGUCAACAUUAACUAGCCAACCGGCGUUUCCUUUAGAAAAAUGGCGUGUGUAAAAACAAGCUGGGCAUCGUCAGCUAAUUGGUGGAUAGUCUCGCCUUAUUUAUCGCGAUGAUGAAGCUGACAUCAAGGAGGCGGUCCAUGUGACAAUUCCAUGGUCUUUAGGUCUAUUUCUCCAAAGAAACAUUACUAGUUUUAAAAGUA